AUGGCGACUCGAGCCGCGGAUGGCACUAACCUUCCGCCAUCCAAUGACAUUGUUGCCACAUGGAACUUUCUCGAGAGUGGGAUUGACGUCAUGAUGACGCGUCUUACUGAGGGAAUGUCGUACGAGCGCUAUAUGCAGCUGUAUACAGCAGCGUACAAUUACUGCAUCAGUAGCGGGAUGGGUGGGACAAGCGGUAUGGCAACAGGAGCGCAUCUCGUUGGUGGUGAGCUGUACAUGCGAGUGGCGAACUAUUUCCUGCAACAUUUGCAAGGGAUAUAUACACGUCUAGCGCCUUUGUCUGGCGAGGAACUGUUGCGCGCAUACUCGGCGGAAUGGGAACGGUACACCAAUGGGGCGAAUUUCGUGCACCGAAUGCUGAUAUACCUAAAUCGGCACUGGGUCAAGCAUGAGAGGGAAGAGGGGCGAACCGACAUUCACACUGUGUAUACGCUAGCGCUGGUACAAUGGAUGAAACAUAUAUUUGUGCCGAUUCAACGAGGGCAUGCAUUGAUGGAUGCAGUACUAUACCAAAUCGAGAAGCAGCGACACGGGGAGCUAGUGCCCACGGCAUUGCUGAAGUGCGUGCUGGACAGCUGCGUAUCGCUGGGUAUCGAUGAUGUAGAUGCGGUGCGGCUGAACCUAGAUGUAUACCUGCGAGAGUUCCAGCAGGCAUUCCUUGCGGCGACGGCGUCUUUUUACAAGGCUGAGAGUGCUGAAUUCUUAGCCCACAACUCAAUGACCGACUACAUGAAAAAGGCUGAGCUUCGCCUGGAAGAGGAGGAAAAUCGUGUGGAGAUGUACAUGCAUUCCAGCACGCGUGCGCCGUUGAUGGAAGUGUGUCGAGCUGAGCUCGUUUCAGCGCACCAAGAUCUUUUCUGGCAGGAGUUCAAGACACUGUUGGAGAACGACAUGACGGAGGAUUUGGCGCGCAUGUACACUCUCUUGUCGCAGUUGCCUGGUGAUUUGGAUCCCUUGCGUGUGCAGUUCGAGGCGCAUGUCAAGGCGAGUGGCCUUGAUUCUGUGAGUCGCGACAUGGAGGAGAAUUCCGAUGUCAUUGAACCCACCACAUACGUCCAUGCACUCCUCCGUGUGUAUCAUGACAGUGUACGCAUUAUAACCAAGUCGUUUGAUUCGGAAGCUGGCUUCUUUGCGUCUCUCGACAAAGCGUGCCGUGUGUAUAUGAACCGGAAUCAGGCGACAGGCGUAUCAGCGAGUCGCAGUCCAGAGCUCCUGGCCAAGUUCAUCGAUGCGUUGCUGAAAAAGCACAGCCGUGGCGGUGACGAGGAAAGUUCUUUGGAUGAGUCGCUUGAUGCAGCGAUGAUCGUGUUCAAGUACAUUGAGGACCGCGACUAUUUCCAGAAGUUCUAUGCCAAGUUCUUGUCGCGUCGACUAGUGUCCUUCGCGUCGGCAUCAACCGAUGCUGAAGAAAGCAUGAUUGCUCGGCUCAAAGAGGCAUGUGGUUUCGAAUACACAAGCAAGAUCCAGCGCAUGUUCACAGAGGCAGGUCUUAGUAAGGAGCUGAAUGACCGCUUCCAAGAGUCUGGCAUGCUACAGAACAAGGAGCUCAGCUUUUACUCCUUCGUGCUUACGUCCGGUGUAUGGCCGUUACAGGCGCCACAAACGGACUUUCUUGUGCCGGCUGAGUUGCAGUCGACAUACGACGAAUUCACACGCUUCUAUCACAAACAACACACGCAUCGGCAGCUUGCUUGGCUCUGGCACUUGUCGACAAACGAACUACAUACCAACUAUUUGUCCCGCAAGUACAUCUUCACGACGUCGACAUACCAGACGGCUGUGCUGCUCCUGUUCAACUCAGAGACAGUGCUCACGUUUGAUGAAAUUGCGGCUGCAACGCGGCUCGACAAAUCAACGCUGCAUGCAGCGCUGGUGCCUUUAGUGAAGUUGAAAGUGCUUCACUUGCUGGACGACUCAUACUCACUGAACAUGGACUUUAAGGCUAAGAAGGUGCGCAUCAAUCUGCACAUUCCCGUGCGUGCCGAGCAGAAAGUCGAGUCUGCUGAGGUCGCACGUACAGUUCACGAAGAUCGCAAAGUGCUGCUACAAGCGACUAUUGUACGUAUUAUGAAAGCACGAAAGACGUACAAGCACAAUCUAUUGUUAAAUGAGGUGAUCCUGCAACUGCAGUCGCGAUUCCACCCCAAGGUGCCCGACAUUAAAAAGGCUAUCGAUACCCUCAUUGAGAAGGAGUAUUUGCAACGUGUCGAGGGCGAGAAGGACACGUAUUCGUACGUUGCAUAA